AUGGCGCUAGGCCAAGUCUUACCGUCAGAGUGCAAUAAACGUUGGCCCUCAUUGUCUGAACAUCAAAGUUCUCUGAAGGAUUCUCCAUAUCUGGAAGUUGGAAUUGCCUUUGCACCCCACAGUUCAAUAGAAGACAUGCUUCCUGCAGGUACAUGCUCCGCAUUAGCAGCAGUUGAGGGUGAACGCCAGCAUGUCUUGCAUACAGACAUUUCCUUGGAAAAACUAGAAGAGAUCAUGCUGCCAAAGGCAGUAGAUUACUUCCACAAGAAUGCCAAAGCAACAGUCCACCAAAUGUUUUGGAAGUCUGAACAUGGCACUGCGUACAUUCAGGUGGAGAAGGCAAGCAUAGGCACACUCAGAACAAGCAUGAGAACAUCGGUAACUGUUGGGGGAGCUAGGAAACGAAAGUUGCUGCAACGACAAGAUGAGGAUGUUGGGAGUCAGCCAAAUGUUCUCUCUCAAUUCCUCAACCUGUGGGUUGCACAUGCGCCGUUGCAGCUGCGAGGCUCGAUCGUGGACUGGAUUCAGAAGGAAACGGAAAGUCAGUUAGCAGCACAACAGCUGCACCUGAAAUUCUAA